CGUGGCAAGCACCUCAAGUGCGAUGGGAAUACCCCUUGCUCCCGUUGCACAAGCUCCGCUACAGAGUGCAUCUAUGUUGCUUCUCGUCGUGGAUACAAGGGCCCUCGGAGGAAUGCUGCCCAGAAUCCUAACAAACGCCAUGCCUCGUCGUCGCCUCCGUACUCGGGGCCUACUGUCGAGAGCUGCCCGAUGAUGCUAGGGCACACCCCCGUGUCUAUUCCUGCUCCCUCCCUCUCAGCCUUCAACCCGGCCAUCGUCUUGCCGGAGCAGUCGCCGGUCUCGUACGCACCUACUCCUGCUCUUAACCACGCCGGUCUCUAUCGAAACUCGUUUGCCUCACCCUUGGACCCCAACACCAUGGCCGCUCCCAACACCAUGGCCCUGACGACCUCGUCAGCGAUCCCCCAUGUUCAGCCACCAGUGACCACCCUGGCCGAGAGAUGCUUCGAUGCCUUUUAUCACUACUUCCAUGCCGCCCACCCCUUUGUGCUGCCCAAGGAGUACUUCCUUCGGCUGCUCAAGGAGGGCAACACCCCUGGCCUCAACGUGGUUAUGGCUGCCAUCAGAUAUAUUGGCUCGCUCUUCUUGGAUGCCGGUCCAGCCAAGGCCACCUAUCUGGAAGAAGCCAUCAGGCAGUGCUAUCUGCCUACCACUACCAAGGAUGGCUUCCUGAUCCAAGCCUUGUUGCUGAUCAUCAUUGGGCUGGAUGGGAGCUGUCAACAAGAAAAGGCACGGGAGUUGUUGGCGGACUGUGAAAGAUUUGCUAUUGAGAUUGAUCUGAACAAGCGCCAGUUUGCAUCACUGCACGGCCACGGUAAUCCCGUCGUGGAGGAGAGCUGGCGGCGAACAUGGUGGGAUCUCUUUGUGUGUGACGGCAUGAUUGCUGGUGUCCAUCGCAUCACCAACUUUUUGCUCUUUGAUAUUCAAAACGAUGUUGCAUACAUGGAAGACUUUGAUGACCAGCUCUUCUCCGGUGAAGACCGAGAGUUUUCGUCUUUCACCUACCGUAUUGCUGCCAUCAGAAAUCUCGGCAGGAUGAUGCGGAUGCCUCAGAUUAUGUACCCGGGAGACGACACCAUCUCCCGGAUAGAAGCCCUGCUCACCAACUGGAGGCUCCACCUGCCCGAGUCCAAGAGGGAUGAUCUGAACAAGAACUGCAAGCUGGAUGAGAUGAUGUUUCAGGCGCAUUUUAUCACUCAUGCUUGCACCAUCAUGCUUCACCAGCCCCUAUCCCAACUCGACUCCUCUCCCGUCCAAGCUGUCAACUCGUGCGCCCCUCACCGACCAGUCCCCUCGGGCGACAACUUCAACGCCCACACCCGGCACACCAUCACGGCCGCCUGCGAGAUCAGCAAGAUGGUCACCCAAGCCGUGCCCAUCAUCCAGCACACGCACUUCUUCACCUGCGUCGUCACCCUCAGCUCCAUCGUCCACUUGUCAAAGUGGGCGCUGUACUUUAUCGAAGACGAGGAAGACCUCCGGCAGCAGAUCAGACUGAACAUUGGCGCCCUCAACAAGCUCAGCAAAGUGUGGAAAGCGGCAAACACGGCUUGGGGUCAGGUGAAGGGUGUGGCACAGGAGAUUUACAGGGAGAAGAAGGCGCACCAGAUCAGCCCGGCGUUCUGGGUUGGUUUCACGCAGGAGCAGAUGAUUAGCAGCAUCCAGGCUGAUGAGGGGAUCAUGAGCGAGUUUAAUAGUAUGUUGACGCAGGUGACGCAAGCGCCGUGA